UCUUGAGGGUUCAAGUAGGCUCCUCCCAGUGGGUGUGGUCUAACAGUGUAAUUGUUCCAUCAGUUUCAUCUCCAGUCAGUUAGUGAGCACUGUGGCAUCUGUCAAGUUCUACAGUUUGAGUGACGAUGGUGAACAUGAAGUUCUCUGUUAGCGUCUUUCUGAUGAUUUGCUUCUCUCUGAUGGGACUUGGAUCAGCAAUUCGCUGUUACAGUUGUAAAGAUUACACAGCGAGUUGUUCCAAACAACGAGACUGUAGCUAUGACGACGCCUGUCUGACGCUCACAGAAAGAGGAGGGAUGACGUUCCGCCAGUGCCUCAAGUAUUCAGACUGCGAGUACAGUCGACUUGGACAGAUGUUCCCACAGGUGUCCAGUUUUACUUUCAAGUGCUGCAACUCUGACUUGUGUAACUCCGCCCACUCCGCCGCAGCCACGUCUGUGAUUGGUGUGGUGGCUUCUGUGGUGGUCACGUGGUGGGUGACUCGCUGAUGUUGACGACUGCUUCGGAUUCCGUGGCACGAACAUUGCUCAUACUGCGCUGAUUCUUGGUUGACAGCUGUCAUUCUUUCUUCAAAACCCACUGAUAUUUAAUGUUAUUUGAUAUAAAGCUGCUUGAUUAUUCAACACUGACAAUAAGAGAAGAAGAAAUACGGUUGAUUAAUCGAUUACUAUCCCAGGUUGAUGUCACUCAUACAGUAUGUCACGUCAAAUAUUGUCAUUUUCUCAGUAACUGUUAUUACUUUUUGGAACUUAAAACUAAAUAAAUGGUAAAUAUGU